GGCUGCUUCUGGCCAGCCGCGAACCUCCGAUUGAGCGGCGCCGGAGCCUGUUGGCGUUCGGCGAGGGGGGCCGUCGGGGCGGCCGGCCAGCCGGCUGGCGGGCGAUGCGGUUGUUGCUCGCGCCCCACGGGGAGGCCCGGCCGCCGCCUCCGCCAUGCCGGUCAAGCUCAAGAACCGUUACAACCUGGUGGACGACGCGGGCGACUCGCGGGUGCCGCUGCACAACGAGGAAGCUUUCCAGCACGGCAUCCACUUCCAGGCCAAGUACAUCGGAAGCUUGGACGUGCCAAGACCCAACAGCCGUGUGGAGAUUGUCGCAGCGAUGAGAAGGAUCCGGUAUGAAUUCAAAGCCAAGAAUAUCAAGAAGAAGAAAGUGAGCAUUGUCGUCUCUGUAGAUGGGGUGAAGGUGAUCCUGCGCAAGAAGCAGAAGAGGAUGGAAUGGACCUGGGACGAGGGCAAGAUGGUGGUGAUGCAUGACCCAGUUUACAGAAUCUUCUAUGUAUCACAUGACUCCCAGGACCUAAAGAUAUUCAGCUACAUUGCCAGGGACGGCACCAACAAUUCCUUCCGAUGCAAUGUCUUCAAAUCUAAGAAGAAGACUCAGGCCAUGCGUGUGGUGCGGACAGUGGGCCAAGCCUUCGAGGUGUGUCAUAAACUGAGCCUCCAGCAUGCGCUCCAGAAUGCGGAUGGGCAAGCCGAUGGCGCCAGCAACAAUUCAGUAGAAGAUCCACAGUUGGAAGGUCUCCAGCUGGAAGGGCCUCCAAUGGCUGACAGGGAAAACGUCCUUGCUGACCCCGAGGGGCUGCACAUUCCCGACUGCGGGGCCUGCGAGCUGCCCUCGGCCGUGCCAGACCUGGGAAUGCUGAAACCUGGGCAGAGCCUGAAGGAAAGGAACAGCCAGGAUAGCGAGAGCCGCACUCUUCACCCCUCUGCUUCACAGCCACUGGUGAGCCCCACCAGCCCCUGUUCCUCUGCUUCAGUCACCCCACUUGCUUCCCAGCACUGCCUGCAGCUCCUCCAGCACCAGCUCCUCCAGCACCAGCAGCAGACCCAGGUGGCGGUUGCUCAGGUGCAGCUGCUGAAAGACCAGUUGUCGGCCGAGACCACGGCCCGCAUCGAGGCUCAGGCCCGUGUCCGCCAGCUGCUCCUGACCAACCGGGACCUUCUGCAGCACGUCUCCUUGCUGGUGAAGCAGCUCAAGGAGCUGGAAAUCAAGGUGCAGCUGCGGCAUCCAGUUGACCGCUCACUGCAGAACUUGACUUUGGCUCAGUCGGUCUCGCUCAAUUUGAAGAACCACUACAGCCUAGAAAUCAACCUGCCCUCCACCUCAACUCCUGCCAGUGUCCUGGGCAGCCCUGUGACACGGCCGAGCAUCUGUGAAUCCUACCUGAACCUCGCCAGCCUGGAGAAGGGCAGCAGGCUGUCCAAUAACACCGAGAGUGAGGAACGCCUUGAGGUGCUGGAGGGUCCAGACGGUCUCCGCAGUGUCGAGGGCUCGGAGGCCGCAGACUGCAGUGUGCUCAAUGGGACUGGGCAACCGAAGUGCAAUGGCUCGAGCUUUCCAGCACAAGAGGAGAGGUUGCAGCCAUUCAUCCCCAAGCUGAACCCACCUCCACCCACUCUGAGGAGGAGGUCUAGUAAAACCACCUCUCCCAGCCUGGAAGCAGAGACCGUGCCCCCCAACUCCGUGGCAAAUCCCGGAACCUCCGCAUUCACCAGCAUUGCCAUCUUCUCCCUCGCUAACUUAGAGCCCAAGUCCCGGACACAGGGAGGACGCACUGGUGGCUGUGUCGAAAACCGGGGGCAUCUAAGCCAGGACCAGGCCAGGGAGGACAGAUGCACACUGCUGGCAAAGGGCAUUUUGGGCCAGGUGGACAAGGUCCCAACUAGGGACUCAGACGGCACUCUGGACAGCACACGGCCCUUCUCCUUGGUCGGCAACGAGACCUGCUUGCACAUCAGCCUCUCGGAGGAAGAGCUGGACAAUACUGGGGCUUGUAUGGCUCGUGCGUAAAGAUACUCUGGAGCGUACCCUUCAUGGGACCUGGGGGCCAGGCCUGGAUAGUGGGGGGGGUAGAAAUGCCACAGAGGGCCCUGCAGCACCAGGUGAGGCCCUGGGGGAAAGUCACAGCUGGAUGCUGGUGGCUCUGAAAAGCCAGCAGUGGCAGAGUUUCAACUGAAGGGAGGCAACUGGGAGACUUCAAAAUCUCUCCCAGGGAAAUCUUCCAAACGAGCAAAUGUCUUCCGUGAACACUGGAGGAAUUCCAGCACCAAGUAUGUGAGAGUCUGGCCAUUACCUGGAUGGAGUACCCACCUGAGAAUCCAUGUACGAUAAAUACCGCUGAGCAAGUGCAGGGAUUCCCAAUGCCCCGUAAGGGACCUCAGCACCAUUUGCUGAACACUAGACUGUGCUUGGGAUUCUCCCCGCACCCGGAUAAGGCCACGGCAUUCAGUAUCCCAGAGGCAAACGGGCAGAAAGGGCAGAGAGAUCUGUAGUGAACAACCAACAAAGGUCAGCGUCUGGGAGUUCAGAGGGGCUACCCCCCAGUUCAGUGCACAGUUAUUUCAGGAUGCCUCCCCUGGAGCGAGAAGAGAGGAGUGGGCCGUGGAACCUGUUCUGCACACUGAACACACAUGUUGCAGAAGCCCAGCUCCCUGACGGAGGGGUUAGGAGCCACUCACUGCUACCCCUGCCUAUGGCUAAGAGUGUAAAGUGUGAGGGUGUCCCAGCAGCCCCCUGCCCACUUUGGGGAGCAGAAGCAGCCAUUGCCCUAUUGCGUCCUUAAAAAAUGUUCUCUUCCAGUCUUCGUUAAUGUGUUUGCAGGGACGACACUAAUGUGGGAACAGCUGUGCAGUGCAAGAGAGGCUGUUGGGUGGGGAAGCCAGCCCCUGACACCGUUCAACUGCACAAGACAGGAGUGUUCCGGACCAGCUCAAGAGACCCAGUCCAGACACCCCAGCUCUUCACACACACACACACACACACAGCACGCCCACCAGUUCAUUGCUUCAUUUGACAUGCUAAUAAUAUAGUCACUGCAGGGCUCCACAGAAAAGGAUGCAUCCUGGUUUUAUGUUAAUUGAUUGGUACAUUCUUUUUUCUGACUCUGUUUUUAUUUUCCUCCUUCUUGUAAGGCAGAAGAAAUAUGCAUCCCAGCAAAGGGGCUUCCAGAUUCCUGAAUGCCUGUUUGUGAGAUGCAAUUCCCCACCCCCUGCGCAACCCAAACAGCUUUGAGUGGGUUGUGGGCUAGUGCGAUUCACGCACCUCUGAAAGCAGGCUGGGCAGACAGUAACCAAGUCUGAGUGACUGUGUUCCCACUCCAGUUAGAGUUUAGUGGCCCAUACAGUAUUCCUCCUGGCCAGUUGCCAGUAUAAGACAGGGGAAGUUAGUACUCAGUGUUUUCCUUCCUUACUUUUCACGGUGCAUUUUUAAAAAAUGACUUUUCCA